AUGAGUUCUCGAACAAGUCUACGCUCAAUCCUGCGCGCUUGGUUUGCGUCCGACAAUUCUUCUGACUCAGAACCAGAUGUCCGUAUAGAAUCAGUUAGGGGAGCAUGUCCUCAACCAAACCAAAAUCGACGGCGACAGAAAAGGGAAAAGAAUAAUACAUUUGGGCUACCCAAGAAGCGAACUUAUUGCAGCCAUUGCCACGGUGCUAAUGGUUAUGGAGACAAUGAUUUUUCUAGGCGUGAGGCAAAAAGUAAAAGUCACAAGGAUCAACACGCGUCAGGCGGGCAGCAGCAUCGUCUUAGUGAGCAACUGAAGCCUCUGCCUGUGGUUCCACGUCAACGUCCCCCACAAGCAAGAGGCCAACAGUCUCCAUCAGAGGAUACAUCCCUGCAUAGUCAGGGCCACAAUCAGAAACAUAAACGCAGCAAUGUUGUUGAUACCCAAAUAAACGCGUCAAAGCAGCUGAACCAGAAGAAGCAUGGUAUACAUACUCUCUACCAACAGGAACAGGAACAGGGGAGCAACGAAGCCAUCUUCCUCUCCGACGACCGCUCAAUGAACCGCGAGGCCGUGUCAGAGGUAGUCGACAUGAUAGCUCUGCGCUUCAGCCACAUCCCCUACGCCGUUAGCGGUCUCGCGGCCAUGGUCUACUACGGCUACGAGGCGAGGCCGUACAAAGUGAGCAUCGUGUGUCCCGAGCACACGCGCGAGAACCAAAAGUGCUGGGCCAAGGCGCAGGGCAUGAUCCCGAUCCCGCGCCAGCGACACGUCUGGGGCGUCGCGACCUCUGACGGCAUCAUCCAGCAGAUCCGCGUGAGGUUUCCCUACGAUUUCAACGAGAUGCAUGCCCUAAAAAUAGGCACCGCCGGCAGCAACCCCGUCUCCAUGUUGUCGCUAGCGGGGCUGGCUGAUGAGCUUGCGAGGACCUAUGUUAAUGAGCUCAAGCACUCGGACCACGACAGGCAGGAGAAUCUGGCGCACGAGAUGAUCUGGAUCCUCAAGAGAAUCAUUCAGUGCAGAUUGCCUGAGCAUGCGCUGCGGCCUGAGAGGAUACCUCACCUCAUCAGGGAGACGUUCUGGCUACCCUUCACACUAUCGUAUCCAGAAUCGGUGCCUCUAUUCGCAAAGGCGGGAUGGAGCAUUCCCAACGAGGGAUGGUAUUGAAGAUGAACUGAGAUGAGAUGAGAUGAGAUGCGAUGAAUGAGAUUGAGCGACACGGGAAUGAUUUGGAGUUUGGGGAAUUACGGCGGCACAGUACGACACGACACGACACGGCAUGGAUAUGGUUUAUGGUUACGCUUAUGGCUUAAAGUUUGGUUACAGCUACGCAUCGCAUGAUACCCUAGAUGUUCUUAUUUCCUUCGUUUCUAAUGAUAAGACGACAACAAUGUAGACUGAGAGAUAUUUGAUUUUUCACCAAGAGUUUAGAGAUUAGGCAAUUUAUUCACACUGCAAGAGAGCAGCAGUACUUCGCAAAAGUGUCUUUAUUCGUGAGAACAAUCCAGUAUCUCUACGUACCCAAACUCAGCUUCUCUGGCUGGUGGUAUUUCCAAGGCACUCUCUGCGCAUUAAUCCGAAAUUGAUCUGUACUACUCCCCAAC